AUGUCGUCGGCUGCCCUCCACUCACCGAUUGUGCUACAACGCUUCCACAAAAUGCCACCGGUGCACGUCAUCGCCACCGAGGACGAGAAAGAAGGACCGGCAUUCGAAUCGCUAGGCGACCAGUAUGGCGGCAAUCAUAAAUCCGGCAUGCUGUCCAUCUGUCCAGCUGCCUGGGUGCCCUACGUGCAACUAGCACGACUGUUCCCACCCGCCGGCCUCUUUCUCAUCUACUUCCCUCACGCCUUUGGCAUCCUCCACGCCGCCCUCCGCACCCAGGCCUCACUUCUCUCCGUCCUCCAGGCCAGCGCCGUCCUGUUCGCCGGCAGCUUCUUCUUCUCCAACGCCGCGCACAUCUGGAACGACCUCAUUGACGCCGGCCUCGACGCGCAGGUCGAACGCACCAGCCGCCGUCCCAUCCCGCGCGGCGCCAUCUCCCCCACCGCCGCCUUUGUCUUCGCUGCUACCCAGGCCGUCGGCGCCGCCUGGUUCCUAGCCUACCUGCCGCAGGGCUUCUGCGUCGGCUUGCUCUAUGCCCUCCCCAACAUCCUCGCCACCAUGUACUACCCGCUCAGCAAGCGCCACACGCACUUCCCGCAGCUUGUGCUCGGCGUCUGUCUUGCCUGGGGCACCGUCAUGGGGGAGCUCGCCAUGAGCGCGCCCCCAUUCACCUAUUCUCCCUCAACAGGGACCUGGUCAAUCGACUACGCCGUGCUCUGCCUCUUCCUGGCCGGGGUGGUCUGGACCGUCAUCUACGACACCGUCUACGCGCACCAAGACCUGCAAGCUGAUCUCCAAGUCGGCAUCAAGAGUCUCGCCGUGCUGUGCCAGUCCCGCACUAAGGUCCUGCUGUGGCCGCUGCUCGCCAUCAUGGUGGCGUUGCUGGUUGAGUGCGGCAUGCUCAGCGGGCUCAGUCCCCUGUAUUACCUCGUGGCCGUGGGGGGCGCGACGAUCGCGCUGGGGACGAUGAUCACAAAGGUGGAUCUCCUGAGUAGCCCGAGUUGCUGGUGGUGGUUUAGCAAAGGGUUCUGGUGGGCGGGGGGUUCCAUCUGUGGUGGUUUGUUCAUGGAGUAUGUGGUGCAGAGCAUACGGGGGUGA